GUGUGUGUGUGUGUGUGUGUGUGUGUGUAACCAUAGUAAAGCCACACACACACACACACACACACACACACACACUGUGAGCUGCAGAGAAGCUGAACUAUGGAGCCGUUUCCUGCCCGGCACUGAGAGCGGAUUAAACCCCGCGGAUGUCGUGUGUUUAUAAGUGUUAAUGCGCACUGAACAUGCCGGUCAGGACGCCGGUCAGGACGCUGAUGGACUCCGUGAAAAUAAAAGCGCAUUUCGGCGGAGACAUGCUGAUCUCGUACCUGGACUCAGGUGUGUCUUUCUCAGAGAUGUGUGAGGAGGUGAAGAAGAUUUGCAGUGUCCACAGGAACUUACCCAUCACACUCAAGUGGAUUGAUGAUGAAGGUGACCCUUGUACCAUCUCGUCACAGAUGGAGCUGGAUGAGGCGUUUCGUAUCUACAGCCGGAGCAGAUCAUCAGGACUCCUCCUGCACGUGUUUCCCAGUAUUCCGGAGAAGCCAGGCAUGCCGUGUCCUGGGGAGGAUAAAUCGAUUUACCGCCGCGGUGCUCGACGAUGGAGAAAACUGUACAGAGUCAACGGCCAUCUGUUCCAGGCCAAGCGCUUUAACAGGAAAGCCUACUGUGGACAUUGCAGUGAAAGGAUAUGGGGUCUGGGGAGUCAAGGCUACAAGUGUAUAAACUGCCGCCUGCUGGUUCAUAAGCGCUGUUAUAAACUUGUCCCUCUGACCUGUCAUAGGCAUAUGGAUCCAGUCAUGCCAUCCCAGGAGCCGCUGGUUGAUGAGAGAGGAGGAGAAGAGGAAGUGGAGCUUCCCCCGGAGGACACAGAGGACACGGAGGACACAGACAGAAUAGCGUUCCUGCCCCGCAGUCGGACAGUGGAGAAAGCAGAAGAUGACCCUGAGGGUGUGGUGGAUGGCAUGGAGAAGCUGCAGCUAUCAGAGACCUUGACUCUGUCUGAUUUUGAUCUGAUGCGUGUAAUUGGACGAGGGAGCUACGCCAAGGUGCUACUGGUGCGUCUGAAGAAGAAUGAACAUGUUUAUGCUAUGAAGGUGGUGAAGAAAGAGCUGGUGCAUGAUGAUGAGGACAUUGACUGGGUUCAGACAGAGAAGCAUGUCUUUGAACAGGCCUCCAUUAACCCUUUCCUUGUGGGCUUACACUCCUGUUUUCAAACUGAGAGCCGGUUGUUCUUGGUGAUCGAGUAUGUAAACGGAGGAGACCUGAUGUUCCAUAUGCAACGACAACGGAAACUUCCAGAGGAACAUGCUAGGUUCUAUGCUGCUGAAAUCUGUAUCGCUCUGAACUUCCUGCAUGAGAAGGGCAUCAUUUACCGAGACCUGAAACUAGACAACGUUCUUCUGGACCAGGAUGGUCACAUCAAACUCACAGACUACGGCAUGUGCAAGGAGGGGAUCAGACCCGGGGACACGACCAGCACUUUUUGUGGCACGCCGAACUACAUUGCACCUGAAAUCCUUCGAGGAGAAGAUUACGGGUUCAGUGUGGACUGGUGGGCUCUUGGAGUGUUGAUGUUUGAGAUGAUGGCUGGUAGAUCUCCAUUUGAUAUUAUGACUGACAAUCCAGAUAUGAACACAGAAGAGUAUCUCUUCCAGGUGAUUUUGGAGAAGCCGAUCCGUAUUCCUCGCUCGUUAUCAGUUAAAGCAGCGAGUGUGUUAAAAGGCUUUCUGAACAAGGAUCCAAAGGAGCGGCUGGGGUGCCAGGUUCAGACGGGUUUCACAGAUAUUAAAUCUCACACGUUCUUCAGGAGCAUCGACUGGGACCAGUUGGAGCAGAAGCAGGUAACGCCUCCGUUUAAACCUCAGAUCACUGAUGAUUACGGAUUAGAGAACUUCGACACACAGUUCACUAACGAACCUGUACAGCUCACACCGGAUGAUGAGGAUGUGAUAAAGAGAAUAGAUCAGUCAGAGUUCGAGGGCUUCGAGUACAUCAACCCCCUGCUGCUCUCCUCUGAGGAAACGGUAUGAGGACGAAGCGACCGGUUCUGUUGGCUCAACCGCGGCUCGGAGCGAGACACACAGGGCUUUCAGUUCUGACUUCAGCAAGCGAGAGAGAAAAAACUCUGUACAUUGAAAACUUCUCAUCUUUCAGACUCGUUUCCUCAUCUCUCACACACUCGCACACACUCGCACACACUCGCACACACUCACACAACACUCACACACACUCACACACUCUCAGACUCUCUCAGACUCAACUAAAGUUGUGAAACAAAAUGAAAACAGAAUUGAAGAUUUACACAAAAUGCAGUUCCCAUAAAAAUCACCCAGAUUGUCUUCCUCCUUCCCAUCAGCCUCUCUGAUUUUGUUGUUCUUUGUGCCUGCACUUGUCGCAGACUUCAUUACCCAGAAUCCCCUGCUACAGCCCAUGGUUCUAUUUUCUUCUUCUUGUAUUUGUUGUUUUUAACCGAAUCUCAGAUGUUGGCAUGUGCCGAUGUUCAGGUUUAUAUGAUCUGUUUAUGAAGCAGCAUAAAGACGAGGCGUCUCAUCCACAUCCCCCUGCAUCCCAUAAUUCACGUCAUCAGACGAGAGAAUGUGAGAAUCACAGAUCAUUUCAUCAACAUACUGAAGUCAUUUAUCUGAAGCAGUUUGAGGUAAGAAGUGUGAGGUCACAGUAUAGAGCUGUAAUAUCGGCACAUGCUCGCUCCAAACACGAAUGUUAAAUUAAACGCAAUGUUUAUUUAAAAAGAAAAGUUUAAUUGUAAUUAAUUAUGUCUGAAGUAUGUACAAUGCUUUUCUCAACAAUCAGGGCCAUGAUUUACUCACAAAUCAGCAGAUAAAGGGACAAAAAGUGCCUCAAAGAUCCGAUAACCACGAGAGUCCUCACUAAACUCUGUAAACUUCUGGUUUAAAUGGAGUUUAGACACAGGGAUGUGAAGAGAUCACGCAGAUCACCGCUGAGCCUCAAACUGCACCGAGUUUUAUUCAUUUAAACCUGAAAUCACACACAUAAGAACUCGCACCUCAGUGAGGUGACUGUCACACACACACACACACACACACACACACACACACACGGGGUGGAGUGUGUAUAAAACAGGCCCGUGUCUGUUACACUCACUUCUGAACAUUAACACAAUAGGUUUUAAUAAUCUGAGGUGCAGUAGCCCCCCCCCCCCCCCACACACACACACAGACUGCUGCUGCAUUGUGAGGCUUUAACGCUAAUGUAGAUAAAAAGCCAAAUUCUGUCUUUUCAAAUCUAAGUCGUGUAUUUGAACACAGGAACCUGGUGAACAUCUACAAUGACUUAGAGACAUUUAAUGUAACCCUGCACCCUAUAGCCCCGCCUCCUUCUGGUCGCACAUUCACAUGACCAAUAAUAGUAUUAACACACACACACACACACACACACACACACACACACAUUAAAUGAAGGUACAGUACAAUUCCUGCUCACUCACUGAUUUGUUUCCUGAAUAAUAAAAACAUUAUUUCAGGAAAAUGUUUUGACAUCUUCACUUUGCUUCCAUGUGUUGGUGGAGUUUAGUGUCAUCCUUCUCUCCUGAUGAGAAAAGAGCUCAUUGAUUACAGCUGAUCUGUGUGCUAGUAAUAGGGUUAGUUAGCAGUGUGUGUACGCGGAAGAGAGAUAAGAGCGAUUAGCACUGUAUAAAGGGGCAGCAUGGGAGAUAAUGAGCUGAUGAUUUAGCAUGUUGCUAACAAAGCACAGAUUUCAGGAUGGCUUUCAAAUGAAUUAAAACAUAGAAGAUACAAAUAAAUAAUUACACAAA